AUGGCGGUUUUGAAACUUUACUCUCUCUACAUUUUCUACACCUUAAUCACCGUAGCCUUCUCUGCUUCACUCACUCAGUCUUCGUUGCUUUCUGCUUCAACAGAUGUUGAGCUUCUAAUUGGAAAGAUCAAAACUUCACUGCAAGGUAACACUGAAAACCUUUUACUCUCUUCGUGGAACUCAUCUGUGCCUUUGUGCCAAUGGAGAGGCCUCAAAUGGGUCUUCUCUAAUGGCUCUCCUCUCUCUUGUAUUGACCUUUCUGCACCACAAUGGACUAAUCUUUCACUCUAUAAAGACCCCUCUUUGCACCUUUUAUCUCUACAGCUCCCAUCUGCUAAUCUCACUGGUUCACUUUCUAGAGAGCUCGGUGGGUUCUCUAUGCUUCAAAGUUUGUAUCUUAACAUUAAUUCACUGAGUGGAACCAUCCCUCUUGAGCUUGGUUACAGUACUUCACUCUCAGAUAUUGAUUUGAGUCACAAUAUGUUUAGUGGGGUUUUAGCUCCAUCAAUAUGGAAUUUAUGUGAUGGAUUAGUUUCACUCCGGAUUCAUGAUAAUUCACUUACUGGGCCUCUUCCUGAACCAGCAUUGCCAAACUCAACUUGCAAGAAUUUGCAGUUUCUUGACUUGGGUAGCAACAAGUUUUCAGGGAAUUUCCCUGAAUUUGUUACUCGCUUUCAAGGUCUUAAGGAGCUUGAUCUUUCUGGUAACAUGUUCUCGGGUCCAAUUCCUGAGACAUUAACUGGUAUAAAACUUGUAAAGUUGAAUCUUUCGCACAAUAAUUUUAGUGGAGUGUUGCCUGUUUUCAGUGAAUCGAAGUUUGGUGUGGAGGUUUUUGAAGGGAAUAAUCCUACUCUUUGUGGGCUACCUUUAAGAAGUUGUAGUGGAAGUUCUGGAUUGAGCCCAGGUGCAGUUGCUGGCAUUGUGAUUGGGUUAAUGACUGGAGUUGUAGUUUUGGCCUCUCUGUUAAUUGGUUAUGUGCAAAACAAAAGGAGGAAGGGUAUGGGAGAUAGUGAAUAUGACAUCGAGGAGGAAUGCGAAGAUGAUGGAAAUGGUGGUGUUGGUGGCCUUGGUGGUGAAGGGAAACUAAUUCUGUUUCAAGGUGGUGAGCAUUUGACAUUGGAGGAUGUGUUGAAUGCAACAGGACAAAUUAUGGAGAAGACAAGUUAUGGGACUGUUUACAAGGCCAAGCUUGCUGAUGGAGGCACGAUUGCUUUGAGGUUGCUGAGGGAAGGUAGUUGCAAGGAUAGAGGUUCGUGUCUGCCAGUGAUAAAGCAAUUGGGGAAGAUUCGGCAUGAGAAUUUAAUUCCUCUGAGAGCUUUCUAUCAGGGAAAGAGAGGGGAGAAGCUACUCAUUUAUGACUAUCUUCCAAAUAGAACCCUACAUGACCUUUUACAUGAGACUAAAGCAGGAAAACCGAUGCUGAACUGGGCCAGAAGGCACAAGAUUGCAUUGGCUAUAGCCAGAGGACUAGCAUACCUUCAUACAGGCCUUGAGACACCAAUUACCCAUGGGAAUGUCAGGUCCAAAAAUGUGCUUGUGGAUGAAUUUUUUGUUGCUAGGCUUACCGAGUUUGGACUUGACAAGCUAAUGAUUCCAGCAGUAGCUGAUGAAAUAGUGGCACUUGCAAAAACUGAUGGCUAUAAGGCACCGGAGCUUCAAAGGAUGAAGAAAUGCAAUUCUAGGACAGACGUUUAUGCAUUUGGAAUUCUUUUGCUGGAGAUAUUGAUAGGGAAGAAACCUGGAAAAAAUGGAAGAAGCAGUGAUUUUGUGGACUUGCCUUCUAUGGUGAAAGUGGCAGUCCUAGAGGAAACACCAAUGGAGGUUUUUGAUUUGGAGAUUUUGAAGAGGGUAAAGAGUCCAAUGGAAGAAGGGUUAGUUCAGGCAUUGAAACUUGCAAUGGGGUGCUGUGCUCCAGUGGCUUCGGUUAGACCAACCAUGGAUGAAGUUGUGAAGCAGUUGGAAGAGAAUAGACCAAGAAACAGGUCUGCUUUGUACAGCCCUGAUGAAACAAGGAGUGAAAUUGGUACCCCCUUCUAA